AUGGAUGUCACCAAAAGAGAUUCCUUUGAACGCCAAGCUUCAGCUGAUACAAAGGCUGGCUCGUCCCCAACGACAUCAUCAACCGAACCCGACCUUUCAGAGACAUUUGAAGAUGAAGUGUCCCGAUAUGUGCCAGAUACGGAGCUCGAAAAGCGACUCGUCUGGAAACUUGAUCUAGUCCUGCUCCCUGCCUUGUGGCUGAUGUGUGUAUUUGCAUACCUUGACCGGAAUAAUAUCGGUAACGCAAAACCUGCAGGCAUGCAGGAUGCCUUGGAUCUGACAAACUCUCGAUAUGCCAUGUUGAUUACCAUCUUUUUCAUCGCAUAUGUCAUAGUGGAGGUCCCAUCAAACCUAAUUCUUAUGCGUGUACGUCCCUCAUGGUAUCUUCCUGGUCUGAUGAUUGCUUGGGGUAUCGUAGUGGCCGGCAUGUCUCAAGUCAAGACCUAUGAAGGGAUUCUCGUCAUACGAUUCUUCCUUGGCUUCAUAGAAGCAGGGUUCAUGCCGGGAGUUGCAUUCUUAAUGAGUUGUUGGUAUAAGAAACAUGAAAUUGGAAAACGAUUCUCAAUAUUUUUCACCGCUCUGUGUGCCGCCGGUGCCAUCAGUGGUCUGUUAUCUGGAGCCAUUAUCGCAGGCCUCGAUGGAGCACACGGGAUGGCUGGCUGGCGAUGGCUUUUCCUCCUUGAAGGUAUCCUUACUAUUGGCGUGGCGAUUGUGUGUAUUUUCAUAUUGCCCAACUACCCAUCCACAAGUCGCCAUUUUACCCCCGAAGAGCGCCAUCUUGCUGCUAUACGUAUACUGCACGACCGAAAAGUUCACGAGUCACAACAAACACUCAAGAUGAACCCGUUGCAGGCACUUGUUGCAGCUUCCAUAGAUCCCAAAACCUACUUCUUUAUCAUGUUGUAUCUUCUUGAUAACGGAGUUGCUACCAUCUCUUAUUUCAUUCCUACCGUGCUUAGCAGUAUGGGCUAUACUGGUAUUUUGGCUCAGUGGAUGACGGUUCCUAUCUGGGUUGUGGCGACCCUAUUCCUAGUCGGCGUCUCUCUUUCGUCUGACCGCACUCAAGACCGAGCAUGGCACAUCACAUUCGGUAUGGCCGUCGCAGCUGUCUCCGGUAUCAUAAUCGUUACUGUGAAACACGCCGCAACCCGCUACGCUUUUAUCUGCUUUUACAUGGCCGGUGUGUAUUGUGCUUUCCCAUUGAUUAUGAUCUGGACAUCGGAGGCGAUUGCAUUUCCCGAUGAGAAGAGAGCGGUUGCUAUCGCUUUGGUUAAUGGAAUUGGCGAUUUGGCUGUACUGUAUGGAAGUCGUAUGUGGCCGAGUACUGAUGCGCCGGAUUAUAAGCCUGGGUUUACAGCUAUGAUUGCUAUGUGUGGUGCGUGUGCUGUGAUUUCUGCUGUUAUGCCGGUGAUUUUUCGAUACUUGCCCAAAGCCACGACUAAGGCGGAGAGAGCAACAGAGGUCAUCCAGGGGAGGGAAGUUUGA